GGCGGAGCAGGAAGCGGCCGCAGCUUUGUUUGGGAGGGUGAGCGGAGGGGAGAGUGCUACAGGUAGAGAUGACACUCCUCAAGCUCCUGGGUCUGGGGAGGACCGCAGAAGUUUGCUCCGCCUCCUGAAGGGGAGCGCUUGGAAGGCCCUAAAGAAGAUUAAGCUUUCCUGGAGCUGCAUCUGAUGAAGAAAAUAACUGUGCCUGGAAGAUCCUAAGCGGAAAAGGGGCCAUGAUGGGCCCAGAGCCGCCUCCACCUCUUCUCCUCCUUUUCACCUGGCUCCCAGCAGGAUGCCUGUCUUUGUUGGUGACAGUGCAGGAUACUGAACGGUAUGUCACGCUCUUUGCCUCAGUUGUCCUGAAAUGUGACUACACCACAUCUGCCCAGCUGCAGGAUGUGGUGGUCACCUGGCGCUUCAAGUCCUUCUGCAAAGACCCUAUCCUAGAUUACUACUCUGCAUCAUAUCAAGCAGCUUUAGCUCUGGGUCAAGACCCGUCCAAUGACUGCAAUGAUAGCCAGAGGACUGUCCGAAUUGUGGCCCAGAGGCGUGGACAGAACGAGCCAGUCUUGGGUGUGGACUACCGGCAGCGCAAGAUCACUAUCCAGAACCGAGCAGAUCUUGUGAUUAAUGAGGUGAUGUGGUGGGACCAUGGAGUCUAUUACUGUGCCAUUGAGGCUCCAGGGGAUACUGCAGGAGACCCAGAUAAGGAAGUGAAGCUCAUUGUUCUGCACUGGCUGACAGUGAUCUUCAUCAUCCUUGGCGCCAUUCUCCUCAUCGUGCUGGUCAGUGUGUGCUGGUGCCAGUGUUGUCCUCAGUAUUGCUGUUGCUAUGUCCGCUGUCCCUGCUGUCCAACCCGGUGUUGCUGCCCUGAGGAAGCCCUGGCCCGGCACCGGUAUAUGAAGCAGGCUCGGGCACUAAUCCCCCAGAUGAUGGAAAAACCCCUCUACUGGGGCGCUGACAGGAGUUCCCAGGUUUCAUCUUACCAAAUGAACCCGCUGCUGCAGCGAGAUUUUUCCCCACAGGCCAGCUUUCCUCAGAUGCCAGGGCCCCCAACACCAACUCACCCUGCUGCUGCCAAUGGAGUGCUAGAGUACUUAGAGAAGGAACUGCAGAAACUCAACCCUGCCCACUCUCUCCCACCAGACCACAAAGCAAGAGUUGGUCGUCACUGCAGCAUGUUGUCCUCUCUGGGCUCAGAAAUUGUGGAACGCAGGAUUAUCCACCUUCCUCCCUUGGUCAGAGAUCCUCCCUCUUCCCAGAUGACCAGUGACUCAUCUCAUCCACAAUGGGGCCCCCAAUUUUCCCGGCGACCUCGGGCUCUAGAGGAAGGGCAAGCAGAGAGAAGGCAGAGUCAUUACUCCAAUUUCCGCCAAGAGUCACUGGAACCUUGGCCAAAGCUCAAGGCCUCAGAGCAUAGAGGCCGUGAAAACUAUAAGAGUGGAAGGCAUUGGACCUCCAGGGAGGAAGUCUCCCACACCUCCUGGCCACACUCCGAUAGCCUGAGUGAUGAUGGGUCCUACUCCCGGGAUGCCCACUGGCGCCCCAACCACUCCACCCAACGGAGCCGCUCUCCAGGGAGGCGCCAUCGACCUCGUCAAAGAGAUAGCUCCAAUAGGCUCCUGAGCCACCGACACCGAAGCUACUCCCCGCCAUCUUGCCACAGUUCCUGGAGCUCAGAAGAAGAGAAAGAACGGCAGCAGCAGCAGGGCUGGAAAGCUCAUCGUCCCCCUCAACCUCCAAGCUGGUCAGAGGAGAAGCCACCAAGCUACCGCUCUCUAGAUGUCAUUCCAGGCAAGAAAGUCAGGAAAAGAGGGAAUGAGGAAAGGCGUUCGGAGAGAGAAAGCUCCCAUAGUGGAAGGAGUGUCAUUAUCUAAUACCUGGGAUCUCCCUGGCUGCUCUAUCGUAAUGAAUGACAGUUUUCUGACUCAGAAGCCCCAGAAAUUCAUCUUUCUGAACUGGACUCCAGGAAUCAAGCCAAAGUGACGGGAAGCUUCAAGCCCACUACAUUUGAUCUUUGGCUUGCUCUUUCAUUCAUUCAGCAAGCAGUUAUGAUGUAUCUACUAUGUACCAACUAUUGUUUUUAAACCCUGAUGUUACAAAGGAAAAACCAGUUAAUCAAAAAGCACAGUGCUAGGCACUGGGGAUCCAGAAAGAGACCUUAAUGAAGAUAUAGGGCUACCAAGAGCUCAGCUUCUACUCAGUUUCAUGUAUCAGAACUAAGGGUUAAUCUCAGAUAGAACUCAGGAAUCUUUAUGAAGCAACUGUAUACCCAGGACGAUCAAGAGAGCUGACUUGGCUCUGUGUGCCUCUGUGUAGACAGCAGCUGUAAGGGGAGCAUUUUGUUGAAACUUGGUCUCUACCUGUUUCCUCCUUAGAUUUCUAGCCCCGCAGCUCUGUUCAUGCUGCUUUAGGGUCACAUCAGUUUUAAGGUGCUACCCAUGGGAAAAUAAAAGAUUCUGAUUGGUGGUAGUUGUGGGAUUUUGUGGUGGUUUUUUUUGGGGGGGGGUUGCUUUUUGCUUUUUUUUACAUCUGUGUGACUGUCUCAAUAGUUAUCAAGUUCUUGCUAUGUACAGGCACUGUACUAAGUAAGUCCUGAGGAUAGAAAGAUGAAAGUGAAAAGUCUUUGGCUUUUGGCAGCUUAAUUUUCUGCCAGGAUAGAAAAUGCACAUUUGAGUAUCUGGAGAAUGUAUUUAUUUACAAGGUCAUUGGAGGAUGUGCUUGCAGCUAGGGGAACUAAGAAAGGCUCCCAGUAGAAGGUGGUCCUUGAACUGAGAUCUAAAGGAAACCAGGGAUCCCAAGAAUCAAAGGUAAGAAGGGCUGAGGACUUGCUUGGACAUUAAAUGCCUAUGAAUGAAAUAAGCAUUAGGCUGCUAUGAUUGGACUGUAGAGGAGGGGGCUAAAAGUAAGAAGCUGGCCAAGGUGGGAAGAGCUUUUAAUAUCAAACAUGUUUAGGAAAACCAGUUUGGCAGUUGUGUGAAGGAUGCUUUGAAAUGGGAAGAGAUUUGAGGUACGGAGACCAAAUGAGAAAGCUGUUGCAAUGGUCCAGAAGUGAUGAAGGUCUGAGUGCGGGAGAGGAGGGAAUAUAUGCAAGAGAUGUUGUGGAAUUAAAAAUGAUGAGAUCUGGCAACUGAUUACCUAUGUGGAAUGGGAAAGUGAGAAGAAGGUGACCACCAAGAUUGUGAACUUGGAUGACUAGAAGGAUAAUGGUGUUUUGGACAGUAAUAAGAAAAUUGGGAGAAGAUUUUUUGGGGGACAAUAAAUAAUGGAUUCUAUU